AUGGGGCUUCACCACGAAAAGAAUAAAGAUAAGGUUGGGAACAUAAUUGGGCUAACUAUUCUCGUCAAUUAUGCUCUGUUGGAUUUGGUGUCUCGUGGGCCCAACUCCGCCUCAGCCACAGCAUCAACGACGCACGUCACCACCUUGUUGGGAGAGCCGCAUCAUGUAUGGAAUCAUGAAAUGGAGCCUUGGUUGAAUCCUGGGCACUGGGGCCCCGCUCUCAAGUUUAAAGUUAGAGCCGAAAUCCACGCGUCGAGAUACCCGCAGCAACUUUCCAUCUUUCGACAAACCUUAAUCAGCUUUCCUGCUGAAGUUUUCAAAUGGGGCGGAAGCUUGGUGUAUGGCUUGAGAUAUAUCGGAAGUCCCCUUGUGGCUUGGCCUACUUCUCUUGAUAUUCCAUUCUCUUCAAAGAAAAUUAAGAUGCCAUCAGGUCUUGCACAGCUGAACGAUCCAGGUAAUGUGGCAUUCGGAGUCUUUGGAGGAGCGGGAGAACGAGGACGAGGAGACCAUAUAUUUCCAUGUAACUACCUGAUAGCAAUCGAUGUCGCCAACGACUUAUUCUUACGCAUUCGUAUGGCACGCACAGCAUAA